CCCUACGUCUGCUCCGUCCGCAGCAGCAGCAGCAGUGUUGUAAAAGAGAAAAUGGCCGCUUUGCUGUCAGGACGGGGCGAUUGACAUGUCUGUGUAGAUUGAGCAGCCGUUUCUUCGGGUGGUGCCAGCGUUUUCACGUCUUAAACGCGAUCACGCCGUGAUGCCGAGCGCUUCGUUCACUUCGUCGCGCUCCUACGUGCGCCGUUCGCGACGCAAGAACGUCAACAGGAUUCCGCUGCCGUCGGCCGAACCGUGCGACGUGCCUUGCGGGGCGCCGCCUGUCGCCGCCGCGGGAUCAUCGUCGGCCUCGUCGACGGCCCAGCCCGCGGCCGGCCCCUCGUCCUCGUCCUCAUCCUCGUCGUCGUCGUCCGCAUCAUCCUCUUCUUCCUCAUCUUCAUCAAGUUGUCCAGGACACCACCCACCGUACGACCUGCGCAGGAAGUCCCCUCACCACGAGAGCAGUGUCGGCGCCGCCUGCUCGGCCAGCGCGGCUCCCUCCACAUAUUCGCCUUCGAUGCUGCCAGCUCGUAAAAGGCCUCGACGCACCUGCUCAAUCACCAAUGAAGGAUGCUGCUCAACGACGGCAGCCCACUACCUCCAGUAUGAAUUACCUGAUGAAGUGUUGCUCACCAUAUUCAGCUACUUGCUAGAGCAAGACUUGUGUCGUGUUAGCCAAGUCUGCAAACGUUUCCAAGCCAUCGCAAAUGACACGGAGUUAUGGAGAAACCUUUACCAACUUGUGUAUGAAUUCGACGUCCCCUUGUGCAACCCAUCACCGUGCAACUUUGAGUUUAUCCCAGUCGAUGAUUCAGACCUCCCAAACCCGUGGAAGGAGAGUUUCAAGCAGCUGUACAAGGGUGUCCACGUUAGACCUGGACACUUGGACACGGCAACUAAAACUACAGAACAGACUCGAGGUCGUAAUCUGACAUAUUAUAAUACGAUCCAAGAUGCUCUGGAGGCAGCUGAGGACCAGGAGAACUUCAUGAUCUUCCUUCACGCAGGCACUUACAGAGGAGAGUACCUUUGCAUCGACUCGAACGUGACCCUGAUCGGCGCUGCGCCGGGGAAUGUGGCUGAAAAUGUCAUUCUCGAAAGGGACACUGAGUCGACCAUCACCUUUUCCGAGGGCGCCAAGCAGGCCUACAUCGGCUACGUAACGCUUAAGUUCUCGCCUGAUGUUACCUCGACCAUUCCUCAUCACAAACACUACUGCCUUGAGAUCCAGGAAAAUUGCUCGCCGACAGUUGACCAUUGCAUCAUCAGAAGUACAUCAGUUGUCGGCUCUGCAGUUUGCGUGAGCGGGCUAGGCGCGAAUCCGGUGGUGAAGCACUGCGACAUCUCGGACUGCGAGAACGUGGGCCUGUAUGUUACAGACUACGCGCAGGGCACGUACGAGGACAACGAGAUCAGCCGGAACGCGCUGGCCGGCAUCUGGGUGAAGAACUAUGCGAACCCGAUCAUGCGGCGCAACCACAUUCACCACGGGCGGGACGUGGGCAUCUUCACGUUCGACAACGGCAUGGGCUAUUUUGAGGCGAACGACAUCCACAACAACCGGAUCGCCGGAUUCGAGGUGAAGGCGGGCGCCAACCCGACGGUGGUGCACUGCGAAAUCCACCACGGGCAGACGGGCGGCAUCUACGUGCACGAGAACGGCUUGGGCCAGUUCAUCGACAACAAGAUCCACUCAAACAAUUUCGCCGGCGUGUGGAUCACGUCGAACAGCAAUCCAACCAUUCGGCGCAACGAGAUUUACAACGGCCACCAAGGUGGCGUCUACAUCUUCGGCGAAGGCCGCGGACUGAUUGAGCACAACAACAUUUAUGGCAACGCACUCGCCGGCAUCCAGAUCAGGACCAACAGCGACCCGAUCGUGCGGCACAACAAGAUCCAUCACGGCCAACACGGUGGCAUUUACGUGCACGAGAAGGGCCAGGGCCUGAUCGAGGAGAACGAGGUGUACGCCAACACGCUGGCCGGCGUUUGGAUCACCACGGGCAGCACGCCGGUGCUGCGCCGCAACCGCAUUCACUCGGGCAAGCAAGUUGGCGUCUAUUUCUACGACAAUGGCCACGGAAAGCUCGAAGACAACGAUAUUUUUAAUCACCUCUACUCUGGCGUUCAAAUCAGAACGGGUAGCAACCCUAUAAUUAGAGGAAACAAAAUCUGGGGUGGACAGAACGGUGGCGUCCUCGUGUACAAUGGCGGUCUGGGCCUCCUCGAGCAGAACGAAAUCUUUGACAACGCGAUGGCGGGCGUGUGGAUCAAGACAGAUUCUAACCCCACUCUGAAACGCAACAAGAUCUUCGACGGCCGCGACGGAGGCAUCUGCAUAUUCAACGGCGGAAAAGGCGUUCUUGAGGAGAACGACAUUUUCCGCAACGCGCAAGCGGGCGUGCUGAUUUCGACGCAGAGCCACCCGAUUCUGCGCAAGAAUCGCAUCUUCGACGGCUUAGCGGCCGGCGUGGAGAUCACCAACAAUGCCACUGCCACGCUAGAGUACAACCAGAUUUUUAACAACCGCUUUGGUGGACUCUGCCUUGCCAGCGGCGUCCUUCCCAUCAACAGACAUAACAAAAUCUUCAACAACCAGGACGCCGUGGAGAAGGCCGUCAGCAAUGGCCAAUGCCUGUACAAAAUUUCCAGCUACACUUCAUUCCCAAUGCACGAUUUCUAUCGUUGCCAGACUUGCAACACGACUGAUCGAAACGCCAUUUGCGUCAACUGCAUUAAGACGUGCCAUGCUGGCCACGAAGUCGAGUUCAUCCGUCAUGACAGAUUCUUCUGCGAUUGCGGCGCGGGCACCCUGAGCAAUCAGUGCCACCUGCAAGGCGAGCCGACGCAGGACACGGACACACUGUACGACUCGGCGGCGCCCAUGGAGUCACACACCCUCAUGGUUAACUAGGUUAGGCUCAUUCUCGCGAGCACUGCCACCUGCAGACUCGGCCCGAGUCUCCAGCUUGUCCUGAAAAAUGAAGGAACCCCACCCAGCCAGCCAGCCAGCAAGCCAGCCAGCCUCCCACCCGACCAUUGAGCCACCCACCCACCCCCCACGCGCGCGCAGCAAAUCGAGGGCCCCUUUUGACUAGACUUCCAACCGCGGAACGGCGUGGGAACGGCCGGAUAUUAACCUCCCCUUUAACGAAUACGGCGUUCACUGAUCUAUCAACACACACACACACACACACACACACUCUUUAUCUUUAUCGUAGUUUUUAAGAGAGCCGGAAAGGUAAAUCGAAUCCUUUGUCAGUUUAGCUGUGAAAAUGCGUGUGACUGUAACGAUUGAUUAAAUUAGGACACGUCUCUUGUGUUGCGUCACAGCGUCUGGAAUUAAUUAACGAUGCUGUUUGUUCUUGUUGUUGCACAAUGUUUGUAGUCUUUUUUGCUGAGUGCGUUUCCAUCCCACCGCGGACACGGACAGAUCGGGAAACGCUUCUUUUGUACAUAUACUGCUGGGAGAGUGAGAAAAAGUGAAACGGAGCAUGCAGGUUGCUCUGUGAUCAGUAAUUAAUUAUUGUGUGGUGAUAUUCAGUCUAAUUAUCAAGUGUUGUGUCAUGAGCCCUUUAUUCAACCUAAUCACGCCCUGUACUAAUUUUAUGAUGUUUUUUUAUUAUUAAUUAAUGAAUUAAACGCUAUUUCUUUUUGAGUCGC